AUGGCGGCCCUGCUCUGCUGCGGGCGCGCUCUGCGCCGGGCGGCGGCGGCCUGGCCCCGGGGCGGGAGCGCGAGGCGCCUGGGCCGGGAGCGGAGCGGGGCCGGAGAGGCGCCCAGGUGAGCCGCCCUCCCCGGGCCCGGCCGGAGCCCCGUUUGCACGGGUUGCAGCGUCACGUGUGAAGCGGCCCGUUUCCUUGCUUAGCCGGGAGGAAGCGCCGUGGAAGCGGGGGGGGGGGGGGCGAGGCGCGCGAAGAAAAGCCUGAUUCGGGGAGGCGCCUCCGUUACUUCUAAAACCAGAAACCUUAAGGGUUGGCUUUCAAAAGGCGUCCGAGGAGGAGGCGGCGUCUCCCGCAAACCGAAGCGAGUCCGGGCGCGCUCGUGGUGGACGUUGCAUUGAUCCUCAUUUGAAAGUCGAUUGCAUCAUGUGUUGUGUCUUAAUUUUUGUUCACUAAAUAGUUCAUGUGAAUAUGCAAAGGGAAUGAAUGUAAAGGACCGUUUCCCUCUCCUCUUCCUCUGCAGCAUGGAUGCCAAGCCCAGGAAAACAACCCAAAUCCCCAAGUUAUACACGAAAACAGGAGACCAAGGUAGCAGCAUCCUGCCAGCGGAGGCAGGUCUCCGAUCCACCCGGCUAAUCCUUGGCCCAUGAGAGCACCAUGGUGCCACAAGGGGCAUUUUUGACACCCUUAGAAUGACUGCUGGAAUCGGCUGCUUCAAAUAUAUAUCUACACACAGAAACAAAUGGAAAAUAUUUUAUAAUGUACCUGUGACAUGUUAACAAAAGAAAACACAAGAGAUUGUAAAAUAUGAGAUGCUUUGCUCAGAUUCUUUUUUAAUAAUAAUAAUAAUACAUUUGAGUGGGGAUACUGUAUUAGUAAGGGACGCGGGUGGUGCUGUGGGUUAAACCACAGAGCCUAGGGCUUGCCAAUCAGAAGGUCGGCAGUUCGAAUCCCCACGACAGGGUGAGCUCCCGUUGCUCGGUCCCUGCUCCUGCCAACCUAGCAGUUUGAAAGCACGUCAAAGUGCAAGUAGAUAAAUAGGUACCACUCUGGCGGGAAGGUAAACGGCGUUUCCGUGCACUGCUCUGCUCUGGUUCGCCAGAAGCGGCUUAGUCCUGCUGGCCACAUGACCCAGAAGCUGUACACCGGCUCCCUUGGCCAGUAAAGCGAGAAGAGUGCCGCAACCCCAGAGUCGGUCACGACUGGACCUAAUAGUCAGGGGUCCCUUUACCUUUACUGUAUUAGUGCAAAUACUGUGAAGCCUACUGUCCCAAGUGAUUCCUUGCCUGGGCGAAUGAGUCACUGCAGAGAAAUUCCGUGGUCUUUCAUUGGAGUCAGUUGCCACAUUCAGCUGCCAGUCAUUGGGGCUACAGAAAUCAAUCAUUGCACAUGCACGUGUGAACAGGGCUUUGGGCUCUUGGGUGUGAGCCGCUUCAUAUUUUUCUCACUGUUAUCAUCUUGCAUGGUUUUCAAAAGGGUUUUCCAGCACAUUCACUGGAGAGAGGAGAGCAAAAGAUGACCAGAUCUUUGAUGCCUUGGGAACACUCGAUGAACUGAGUUCAGCCAUAGGGUAACCAAAAGACUGUAAAUUAUUUCUUCAAUUUAUAAGAAUGUUUCAGAGAAUAAUAGACUGCCACUUUGUUUCUGGGUCUGAUUCAAAGUGAUCACCUUUGUGUUCAAAGCCCUAAACAACUCGGGCCCCAGAUUCCUGAAAGACCCCCUCCUUUCAGAACCCUUCCGUAUAUUAAGAUCAACAGGCACUUGGGAUGUGGGUGGUGGCCCAGGAGGAGAGGGCCUUCUCGGGCAGCCCCUCCGCUGUUCCCUCCCCACAGGUGCGUCUGGCACCUUCACUUUAUGGCUUUGGACCUUUGGCACCUGAGACAUGGUUUUUAGGACCCACCCAAUUACUGUGACAUUAAUAAGCUUUAACCUUUUUAACUCUGAAUUUUUAAAUUGUUGAAUUUCACCCUGGGACUUGCUGGUGAAAGGUGGGUAAUAAAAAAAUUUAAUAGUGGUAAUUUGAUAUGAAAGAAAGCAGUUCUGUCAUGGGAAGCAAGGAAAGCCUCUCAUUUUCCCCAGCAGCUGUUCUUGCUGCUUGGCAGCAGGCGGCAUAUUUCCUUGCACAACCUUAUUCCCUGGCAUAACCUUAUUCUGAGCCCCACCCUGUUACCUGAUUAACAAAGAGCAGUUUCAAAACCUUUUAUUAAGUGAAGUGAAACCUGCCAGGCAGCAUGGUCCAGGGUGGAGAGGGGAGUGACAGGAGCCCGUUGGAACUGGAGUAGAGGCCUCGCUCUGUUACAGCUGCCCACAGCCAUGACUCGCCAUUUGUGUCCUGCCUUGGUGAUGUCAGAGGAGCAGGCUGUGCCUGGCCCUGCUGCCCUGCCCACAGGCUGAAGCUCAUGGCUCCAGGGGACAUCAUCUCGCCCUGCAAGAGUGCUGCAGUCUUUUGCCAGAUGUUGGAGGAGGUUAUUCCAACCCCCCCCCCCAAAAAAAAUCAUCUCUGGAAUGAGCUUUCCCAGAGGGAAUCUGUGGUAGUUUUCUAGAUGUUGGAUUCCAGCUGUGGAGAGUUGCAGUUCAACCACAUCUGGAGGGUCAGAGAUGUUCCCUCACCCCCACAUUGGACAUUUUUUUUGGGGGGGGUCUUUUUCAGUGGCUGCUAGGCAAGGAUGGCACUAUGGAACCUUCAAGUUGGGAGGCAGUCUUCCUCAGUAAUUCCACAUGCUGGAGAGCAAUAAUGGGAGUGGCUGUUGCCUUCCUGUUCUGCUUCUGUGCUUCUUGGAAGCAUUUGGUUGGCCACUUAAGGGCAAGCAAUGCUAGGCCAGAUGUUCUGGUCUAAUCCUGCAGGUCUCAUCUCAUAUGAAGAGCCAGGAACAGAUUGUGUCUGCCCUGAACCAAUUUCCUGUCUGCCUGAACAUGAGAAGUCCAUACACCUCUCAUGAAGAAAUGUUCUUGCUCUCACAUCACAAUAGUUCUUUGGGGGAACUUGACAAUUCAACUGGUUUCAGGCUUGUUUGUAGUGCCUCCACAAGACGUAAAUCUCUCAUACGAACAGCAUCAGUUGCCUAUAUCUCAGGGUAAAAUCUCUCCUAUUUUGCUGCAGGCUAAGUGCUGAAUUUGGCAGUGAAGGAGGUCACUCGUUUGUGCAGGAACUUCACCAGGUAAGAAAUAGCUGUAUCCCCGUCACUGACAGCAUCCGCAUACAAGGACUGCCUUCCUGGAUCAGACCAAAGGACCCUCUUGUCCAACUCUUGGGCUAAGAGGAGACAGCAAGAGAAACUUUAAGACUUUUCAUUCAUGUUCUUUUUAUUUACAGUAUGGGCGGGGUAUAAAUAAUACAGUGGUACCUCUAGAUACGAACGGGAUCCGUUCCGGAGCCCCUUUCGCAUCUAGAGGUAAACGUAACUAGCGACGGCACGCCUGCGCACGCCUGCGUCGCUUUCCGCCGCUUCUGCGCAUGCGCGUGACGUCAUUUUGAGCAUCUGUGCAUGCGCAAGUGGCGAAACCCGGAAGUAACGCGCUCCGUUACUUCCGGGUUGCUGAGGAGCACAGCUUGAACGCGCUCAACUCGAAGUGUAUUUAACCCAAGAGAUGACUGUAAGUUGUUGUUGUUGUAUUGUUACUGUGUGUUGCUUAAUUUAUAUAUUUGCUACUCUGCUAGUAGAUUUUUAUUGAAGAAGAGCCCUGCCAAUGGCCCAUCUCAGCCAGCAUCCUGUUCUCACAGUUGCCAACCAGUCGCUUGUAGGAAACUCUCAAGCAGGAUCCAAGCACAAGUGCUCUCCUGCCCCUCCCUGCCUGAGGUGUCCCACAGCCGGUAUUUGGAAGUCUCACUGAAUGAAGAGGCAGAGCACAGAUAGCCUCUCCUCCCUAAAUUUGUCCUAUCCUCUCUUAAAGCCCUCCAAGUUGGGGGCUAUCAGUGCUUCCUAUGGGAGCGAUAAAUUCAGUAAAUUGAGAUGGCUGGCAACAGUUGCUAGCAUUCGGUCAUUGGGGAUAUCCUAUCACUGAGCAUCUUGUGCGGAGGUGUUCUGCCUAAGAGCUGUUGGCCUAACUCUUGUCCAUCUGCUUGUGUAAGCUAAGGCAAGGGCAGGGAGCCAGCAGUUGUCGUCCUCUUGCAGAUGUGGCUGGAUCCCACCUUCCACCAUCCCUGCCCAUUGGCCAUGCUGGCCGGGCUGAUAGGAGCUGGAGUGCAGCUUCAUCUGCCAGAGGAGCACCACCACAGUUUCCCACCCCUGAUGGAGCCAGUGGUGGUGGGCGUUCCAAAGCCUCUUCCAGUUUAGGUCAGAGAACUCUGCCCAUUCUUUGGCACCUUCAGAGACAUGAAGGCGGGCCAGACCGACAAUUAAAACUGCUUUCUGAAUGUCUCGCCAUCUGUGCAAAAAAUAGUGCUCAUCCCAAACACCUUUGCUCUGUUUUGUUUCCGCAGGUCCAGUGUGCGCUGCAGGAUGCCGGCUCCAACGUGGCAACUCCCAUAUCCUCAGCCAGGGAGUCACAUUUAAGUAAUUGGAACCUAGUAUAGAUCUUCAUUUUUAAAAAUAAGCUAACUGCUGCCCUUUUUGAAAUGGUUUUGCUGCCAUUGCUUUUGGGGAUCAGUUUUGCUGGACAACUGAAGGAAGUACUCUGACCAUGAAACCUUUGUUUAUGUGGCUUAUUUAAAUUGGGUUUUUUAUUGCAUUUACACCCCAUUCCUUUCUUUCUUCCUGGCAGGGCCCUAGGCAAGGGUCUGACUGGACCCAGACCUGCCAAGCUUCAGCCAUGUCAAGCUCCCUCAGACCAUGCCCUGGAACAGAAACACACAAGCCUCCAUUGUGGUUUCUUAGUGGGGAAAUGCUUUUUCUGCAAAGAUUUUGAUGCAUGCCUUAAAAGCAUUGCAUAUGAAUAUAUCCCAAGUAUAAAUGUCUCUAAUAAACGUUGACUUGCUAGGUUGCCAAAUGCACAAGUUGGCCAUAGUGCUUCUGCUUGUUAGGGCUGCCCACUUACUUAAACCCUGUUUAAAAAUGCAAGAUGGCAUUUUAACCAUUUUGGGGGGAAAUGCUCUGUGCAUGCUCAGAGGUGCUUGAGGUAUUCCAGGACUCAGCACUGGAACCCACACAGGCCCCAAGACCCAGGCUCAAGCCUCCUUCAUUUUAGCAAGGUUGAUGCAUCAUGUGCUGGCAGUCCCUAUCCUGCGACUUAAGCAGGGGAAUGAAGUCAGGGCUUCGCUUUGGGGGUGACUCCAUGGUUGGCUGGUCCACUCAGCCGUGUCUCUUCUUCGUCAGAGCGAACAUCGUUCAGUGAAAAGCCCAUUCUGGAGCUGGAGGCCUGGAUCGAUCACUACUCUGAGCAGCUUCCGCCACUCACAGCUUUCAUUUUACCCGUAGGUAUUUUGCGUGUUCCGUUGUGCUCUGUCUGUGAGGAGGUCACAAAGCAGAGGCCUUGCAGCAUAGAAGGUGGGGGGGCAGACAACUCUUGGUUUCCACUGGCCAGAUUCCCAUCAGGAACAGUGUCACAGGGCUGUGAGUGACAGGUGGCUCAGCCACCCAGAUUCUUGUGCAGAGUUCCUGCUUGGCAAGCACACUGCUGGGGCCUUUGGGAAGCUCUGAGCCAUUGAUCAGGCUGCUUAGUUCUGGGUUUGGGUGCAUGGAUCCUGCCCCCCAAUACACACACCAGCUGAUGCAAAGGGAGAAUGAUCCUGCUCGCCCCUGGGUGUGCCAGGGAACACUUUGAUGCAGCCAGACCAAGCAAGAUUCCUCCCCCUUUGCACCAGAGAAAAGGAUUCCUCCCUCUCUCAUGAUGCUAGAACUUGUGGACACCCAUGAGUUUCUGUAGCUCCUUUUUACAGCAGUCUAAGUUGGGGGCCAUCACAAACCACUUUGAUUUAACUGCCACCUAAAUCCCAAGCUUGCUGUAAGGCCCUGGGCUAAUCGCUCCCCUCAGGCUCACACAGAAUUAUAGAAUUGUGGAGCUGGGGGGAACCCAAAGAUAAUCUAAUCCAACCCCCUGCUGUGCAGGAAUCACAACUAACAGCUAGUUCACAGCACUUUCCUUAGGGCAUGUUUUCAGACACUCCUUCUGACUUCUGUGGGAAGGUAGCCAAAAUGGUUGCAUUGGCUGCAAACGCUCCUGUUUCUGCUUCAGGCGAGGGUUUGCAGCUCCACAGGUAUCAGGUUCAGUCCCCAGCCUGCCCUGUCUCAAAAGUAUCAGGGAAAGACUGCUCUCUGCUGAGGACCCCGGGGCGCUCUCAUCCGUCAGAGCAGAUGGACGGGGGCUGGAUGGGCCUGACCCUGGCAUAAGGCAGAUCUGGAUGUUUUGUUUAAUGUCAUUUCAGUCUGGCGGCAAAAGCAGCACUGCUCUCCAUCUCUCCAGAGCCAUCUGCCGCAGAGCCGAGAGGUGGUAAGUGAGCAACUGCAAUGACAAAGCCAUGAGAACCCCCUGCUGCCCUGAGUGAGCUGUCUGGGCUGCCAACCUCUCUUGUUUAGUCUUCGCUGGCAUGUCAACCUUAUAAGGCUUGCAUGAAAAUUGUUUGGAAAUGACCACAGGUCUCCCCAGCAAUGCUGGGGGAGGGCACAGAUCAGAGUUUGUACUGUGCAGCAAGACAAGGAAGUGUUUGCCAAAAGAGAUCCUGAGUUCUGCAGGAGCCGUUAAUGGCCAAUGCAAACUAAUUGUGGGUACUCUCCCCCCCCCCUUUAAAUGCACAGUUGGUUUGGAGCAGAGAAUUUGGUGCAUUUAGCAAAUAAUGUUUUUGGCACCUUAGGAUCUGGCAGAACAAGGCAAAAUUUACUCAUGCCAAUGGGGGGCAUGAAAGGUGGUUUUGGAUCCAAUUAUAUCAGCUGUAGUGAUGACUGUCUUCCUUUUCUCUUCUGCAGUGUGAUUCCUUUGGUGAAAAUGGGAGAAGCAGAUGCAGAUGUGGCCAAGUUUUUGAACAGGUAACUUGGAACUGUUCCUUUUGACAAAGCUGGGAUGGGGGGGGGGCAGGGCAAUGCGUCUAGACUCUAGUGGAUCACACAGUCAAGGCACCAGAUAAGGGCUUCUCUGCACCUCCUUUCCUGGCCACUGGCCCUGCUGGUUUCUGGGGCUGAUCUAGUGGAGAGCAGGAUGGGGAAGGCUGCUCUUCCCUGGGUACUUCUUGCUGGAUAUCUCCUACUGAGACAAGGGGAUGGGAUGAGAGUCCUUUUUGCAUCUAUUUUGGGAGCCCUGCCCCUUUGGUUCCAUAGUGCCCCUUGGUUCCUAGUGCCCCCCAACCCUAUAGAAAGCACUAUUCAAAAUAGCAGUUUGCAUAACCCACUAAAGAAGAUAACACUAAGAUUCAAAACAGUAACAACUAAUUGCCCCUUUAUUCAAAAUCCAGUUGAAACUAUUUAGUUUAAUUAAUUCAACACAACUGAUGAAUUUGAUCCAGUGGUACCAGCUUUUCAGAGUCUGAUAGUCAUUUUAUGCCAGUUUGGGAACUACUGGUCUACCUUGGGGCACUCACAUGGACCGUGCUGACUGUCCUGCGGAGACCAAACAGUCUUGUCUUUUCUCUUCCAACAACUUGGAAGAAAGGGAGUGGGAGAUUAGUGCAGGGGUAGCCAAAAUGAUGCCCUGCCCAUGUUGUUGAACUCCAGCUCCCAGCAUUCUCAGCCAGCAUGGCCACUGAUGGGGGGUGAUGGCAAUCGUGGUCAAAUGACGUCUGGAAGGCUCCACCUGGAUCACUUUGUGCUUAAGCUGGGAAGUGGAGAGGAGGAAGCAUGGAAGCUGAGAUUUGGGGCAGCGGAAGGAGACAUCUGGAGUCUGCUGGUCUUUGAGAGAGGAUGGUGGGGAAGAGAUGUCCUUUCUCUAGGUGCACACCCUGCAGGCAUACCCAAAUUGCUAGCGCUUCCCUGCUCCACAUGCGGAAGGUGUUUUGGGAAGGGCUGUAGUUCCAUGCAGGCUUGACAUGCAGAAGGUCCAAAGUUUCACCCGGCAUCUUCAGGUAAAAGGGGCUGUUGGCAGGUGAUGGGGAAGGGACCCUUCUCUGGCAGAGAGCUGCUGCAACCAGUUGGAAAGGACAAAUACUCUGCCCCCUUUUAAGGCAGGUAGUGUCAUCAUGGAGCAGGCACAGGUAACUUCUCACAGCCUGUUUGACUCUUGUUCUCCCUGUUUUGGGAGGCGGGUCAUGCAGCAGCCAGAUUAUCGUGGCUAAACGUGGCCUUCUGCCAUAUCCCAUUACUAUAGAUGCUGGUUCUCGUUCAGUGCCUGCCUCCUCCACUGAAAGUGCAGGCCUCACGGGGGCUGGAUUUUACUUUGGUACCUGGCAACUGCCUAAGUCAGCCUUCCCCAACUGGCUAGCUUAGAUUUUAGUCUGAAGCACCUGGAGGACAUCCAGUUGGGGGAGGGGGAGCACAUCCAUUCCUCUACCUUUUUGAUUGGCUACAUGCGCAGGGACAUCUUCCUCCUUCCAGCCCUAGAUGCUGCCCCACCCUUAGGGUAGACAUGCCCAUUACACGCUCUUAUCCUGUACAGAGAUGGACAACAGCUUUUUUCUCCCGUUCCUUAGACUGAGCGACUACUUAUUUGUUCUUGCCCGCUAUGCUGCAAUGAAGGAAGGGAAGCAGGAGAAGAUCUACACCAGAACGGAGUAGGGAGCAGAGGCCCUCUGAUGCAAGAGGUGGACUGCCAGGCUUUCAGACAGAGGACUGGACAAGAUGGAAGAUUGCUUGCAGUUUCAAACUGAGCUAUUGAAAUCUACUCCUGAAAGCUUAUUUAAAGCUUGAAGCUCCAGUCUUGCUCCAUUUUGAGACCAGCUUGCUAAGAGAACUUGGAGCGUUCACUAUGAAUAGACUUCAGCUGCAUUUAUUGACAUGUGCUGAUAAAAGGAAAGGGGAGAAGCACAUGCCACGCCUGAUGUGUUGCAGAGCCCUUCUCCGCAAGAGGUGUUCUGUUGCCAGAGGCACUUGGCGCUUUGGCUCAGAUUGACUUGCAGACCACAGCCUCUCUGUUACACUUCCUUGUCCUCUUUUUCUUUUUGAGGUCAUCGUUGAAUCCAUCAACACUUUGGCAGGAGACGCAGCAUCUCAAGCACAGCAAAGUUCUGCCAUUGUAACCUUUGUGCAGAGAGAUCCUGGAAACUGCUGUUGAGAGGUGGGAGGCAGCAGUGGGCAUCACCAGACUGGAGCUUUGGGAUGCAGCUCAGCUGCCAGAGGGCUUCUGCUUUUUUCCUUUUGUCAGCAGGACUCCCAAUUUUUCAUUUGCCUCUCAGUGGCUGCCAUUUAACAUACCCGACCCUUCCUCUUCAGGGUCUGUUGAACUGUUCAGAGACAUACCUCCUCUUCAGUCAUGGGAGUCUCUGUUGUACGUUUCCUCACACUGCUGUAGGUUUCUUUGAAACAGAAGCCAAUUUUUACGAAGUGGGGAGGAGAAACCCACCUCCCUAUGACUAUAUUGAACCAAUCUGUCAAGUUUAUUUCCAACAUGGAGAAUAUGCUGUAAAAUGCUAGGAUACAGGAGGGCCAAGAUAAAAUAUUUUAUUA